AUGGAAGCGAGCGCUGGUCUCGUCGCCGGCUCUCACAACAGGAACGAGCUCGUCGUCAUCCGCCGCGAGGGGGAAUCUGGGCCGAAGCCCUUGCACCAGCUCAGUGGGCAAAUCUGCCAGAUUUGUGGCGACGAUGUCGGCCUCACUGCUGACGGCGAGCUCUUCGUCGCCUGCAACGAGUGUGCCUUCCCCGUCUGCCGAACUUGCUAUGAGUACGAGCGCCAGGAGGGUAACCAGGUCUGCCCCCAGUGCAAGACCAGGUUCAAGCGUCUCAAGGGGUGUGCUCGAGUUGCCGGCGAUGAGGAAGAGGAUGGCAUCGAUGAUCUUGAGAACGAGUUUAAUUUUGCUGGAAGGACUAGGGAGGACAUGCAGUACAUGGCCGAAGCCAUGUUGCAGGGCCACAUGAGCUAUGGCCGAGGGGGUGAUGUCGAUAUGCCUCAAGUUGUUCACGUAACGCCUCAAGUCCCUCUGCUCACCAAUGGCGAGAUGGUGGAUGAUAUUCCUCCGGAACAGCACGCUCUCGUCCCUUCCUUCAUGGGUGGGGGAGGAAAGAGGAUUCACCCACUUCCCUUUGCGGAUCCCAGUCUUCCAGUGCAACCCCGAUCCAUGGAUCCUUCUAAGGAUCUUGCGGCGUAUGGCUAUGGAAGUGUGGCAUGGAAGGAGAGGAUGGAGAAUUGGAAGCAGAAGCAAGAGAAAAUGCAUAUGAGGAAUGAUAAUGAUGGUAAAGAUUGGGAUAACGAGGGCAAUGGGCCAGAUUUACCACUAAUGGAUGAAGCUAGACAACCAUUAUCGAGAAAGCUGCCUGUUCCUUCCAGCCAAAUCAACCCAUACAGAAUGAUUAUCAUAAUCCGGCUCGUAGUUCUUGGUUUCUUCUUUCAUUACCGAAUCAUGAAUCCUACUCCUGAUGCAUACCCGUUGUGGCUCAUAUCUGUAAUCUGUGAAAUCUGGUUUGCUAUUUCAUGGAUUCUCGACCAGUUCCCAAAGUGGACCCCAAUUGAAAGGGAAACUUAUCUUGACAGACUGUCAUUAAGGUAUGAGAAGGAAGGCCGACCUUCCCAACUAGCUGAACUUGACAUAUAUGUGAGUACAGUGGAUCCUAUGAAGGAACCCCCUCUUGUCACAGCAAACACUGUUCUCUCCAUUCUUGCAGUAGAUUACCCAGUUGAGAAAGUAUCCUGCUAUGUUUCGGAUGAUGGUGCUGCGAUGCUGACAUUUGAAGCAUUAUCAGAAACAUCUGAAUUUGCAAAGAAAUGGGUCCCCUUCUGUAAGAAAUUCAAUAUCGAGCCACGCGCGCCAGAGUGGUAUUUCCAGCAGAAGAUAGAUUAUCUAAUUGAUAAGGUCUUACCAUCAUUUGUUAAGGAACGGAGAGCAAUGAAGAGGGAAUAUGAGGAAUUCAAGGUACGAAUCAAUGCUUUGGUUGCAAAAGCUCAAAAGGUUCCGGAAGAAGGGUGGACAAUGCAGGAUGGAACUCCAUGGCCUGGAAAUAAUGUCCGUGAUCAUCCGGGGAUGAUUCAGGUCUUUUUGGGCCAAAGUGGUGGGCAUGAUAUGGAAGGAAACGAAUUGCCACGCUUGGUUUAUGUCUCUAGAGAAAAAAGGCCAGGGUUCAAUCACCACAAGAAGGCUGGUGCUAUGAAUGCUCUGGUUAGAGUGUCUGCUGUACUCACCAAUGCACCUUAUCUGUUGAACUUGGAUUGUGACCAUUACAUCAACAACAGCAAGGCCCUAAGAGAGGCAAUGUGUUUCAUGAUGGAUCCACUAGUGGGGAAGAACGUAUGCUAUGUGCAAUUCCCGCAGAGGUUCGAUGGUAUUGAUCGACAUGAUCGAUAUGCUAACCGAAACAUAGUGUUCUUUGAUAUCAACAUGAAAGGUCUGGAUGGUAUUCAAGGGCCAAUUUACGUUGGAACUGGAUGUGUUUUCCGAAGACAGGCACUUUAUGGUUAUGAUGCUCCAAAGUCUAAGAAGCCCCCAACAAGGACUUGCAACUGCUGGCCUAAGUGGUGCUGCUGUGGGUGCUGCUGCUCUGGGAGGAGGAAGAAGAAGAGCACGAAAGCUAAACAGGAAAAGAAAAAGAAGGGUUUCAGGAAAGGCGACAAUCAACCACCUGCAUUUACUCUGGAGCGCAUUGAAGAGGGCAUUGAAGGAAUUGAGAAUGAGAAAUCAAUUCUGUCUGAACAAAAGUUGGAGAAGAAGUUUGGACAGUCUCCUGUUUUUGUAGCUUCUACUCUACUCGAGAAUGGUGGGACGCCGAAAGGUGCUACUCCAGCGUCGCUGUUGAAGGAAGCUAUCCAUGUCAUUAGCUGUGGCUAUGAAGAUAAAACAGACUGGGGAAAAGAGGUUGGUUGGAUCUAUGGUUCGGUCACGGAAGAUAUAUUGACUGGCUUUAAAAUGCACUGUCAUGGAUGGCGGUCGAUCUACUGCAUACCAGACAGGCCUGCAUUUAAAGGUUCUGCCCCCCUCAAUCUUUCUGACCGUCUUCACCAAGUUCUUAGGUGGGCCCUUGGGUCUGUCGAGAUUUUCUUGAGCAGACAUUGCCCUCUCUGGUACGGAUAUAGGGGUGGGCUGAAAUGGCUGGAGCGUUUCUCAUACAUAAAUGCUACUGUUUAUCCUUGGACGUCGAUUCCACUUCUGGCUUACUGUACCUUACCUGCUGUUUGCUUGCUCACAGGGAAAUUUAUCACUCCAGAGCUUAGCAAUGUCGCUAGCCUGUGGUUUCUGUCGCUUUUCAUAUGCAUCUUUGCAACGAGUAUCCUGGAAAUGAGGUGGAGUGGCAUCGGCAUCGAUGACUGGUGGAGAAAUGAGCAGUUUUGGGUUAUUGGAGGCGUUUCUUCGCAUCUCUUUGCAGUGUUUCAGGGUCUUUUGAAGGUCCUUGCUGGUAUAGAUACCAACUUCACCGUGACAACGAAGGCUGGUGAUGAUGAAAAGUUUUCGGAGCUCUACACAUUCAAAUGGACCACAUUGCUCAUCCCUCCUACCACACUUCUUAUCGUGAACAUCAUUGGUGUGGUGGCCGGUGUCUCAAAUGCGAUAAACAAUGGAUAUGAAUCUUGGGGACCUCUGUUUGGCAAGCUCUUCUUCUCAUUCUGGGUGAUCGUCCACCUUUAUCCUUUCCUCAAAGGUCUGGUUGGUCGGCAGAACAGAACCCCUACAAUCAUCAUUGUCUGGUCCAUUCUCCUUGCCUCCAUCUUCUCUCUACUGUGGGUGCGGAUCGAUCCAUUCCUGGCAAAGUCCGAUGGCCCUCUUCUGGAGGAGUGUGGAUUAGACUGUAACUAGGCACAGAAUGGUUGGAUUCAGAUGGCCAUGACCUGCAACUUCUCUGUUGCCAUAGCGCAGAUGGAAAGGUAGACGUCCUCCGGAGUUUUCCCCAAGUACGAGAAGGAAUUCUGUGCUCAGCUGUAGAUAGAAAUGCCGAUUGCCCUGCAUUUUUUUUGUUUCUCCUUUAUAGUCCGAGUCCAGCCCUUGGCUCCAGUCAGGAAUCAGGAAGUUGGAUGACCCUGUGUAGUUUGUUCGUAGAAGAUAGGCGGCCGCAGCUUUAAUUCUUUAUUAGUUGGAUGACAUGGGAGAGGAAGGAUCAACAUUGUCCAUGUUCCAUUGCAGUUGAUCUCUAUAUAUUGUCCAGUUCUUCACAAUAAAGCAGGCCUUGCCUGCAACCUAGACAUGAAGAAGCUUCAGAAAAAAAAAAAAAAAAAAAGGUGUUCAGUUGAUUCUAUUUAUUCCAUUUUGGGCUGCAUGUUCAUCCCUGCUAUCUCUAGCAAUACAUCUGCAGAUAAUGGAAAGCAAGGAGUUAAAAAAAACUGUCAUUACAUCAGAUGGGAAGAUCCCUGCGAUUUCUCAGGCAUGAUUGCAAAGCCUCCAUGGGGUCUCCCUUGAGCUGCUUCUGGGUGUGUGUAAUAAUAGUGUCGUCGUCCUUGUUCACAAGAUACUUCUGUAAUGAUAUAUUAAUCUAAUGUCAAUCCAUUUUGUUGCAACUUUGA